AUGAUCAACAUGAACUCGGAGAAUGACGAGUGUUUGCACCUCCGAGACUACACAACGCACGAUUCCAACCUCAUACCGGUGCUGCCAGAAGAGAUCGAGUUCAGAAGAGUGGACAAUUUCCACUGCCGCAACCUUACCAUCGUGGAACACAGUCCCAUUGCUGUUCGGAAAUUCCAGGAGCUUACUAAGGAAUUGGGCACGGUGAAGGAGCCCAUUUCAAUUGUACUGCCACCAAAAUUGCCUUUCGACCUGGGAAAUUACCAUCCAUGCUUGGACUCUCAGGCACCAACAAUUUCGGACGACGAGGAUGCCACAAAUGAAUCUGUCAGUAGUAAUGACGUGUUCGCAGCAAGUUAUACUACACUAAACGAGCCGUGUUACAGACUGGCGGAACGCAUUUACCAUUUGGAAAAGUUAAAAAUGGAGCAACGAAGCAUACGGUCAAGCAUAACUAUCGCAGAUACGUUGGAUGGUGAGCAGCCAUUCCAUGACGAAAGUGACGAUAACAAAUCGACCUGCUCGUUGCGCAGUGCCUCGCCUGCAGCAGGGGGAACAGGUUUCUCAACUGCAAGGGAACAAGAAUGCAACCCGCCAGGCAGCGAACAAGGUAGCACGCAAAGCGAGUCGCCUACAUCGACCGGAUCUUAUAAUGACCGUGAUGCAGUACUGAGUGAAUCGCCAAGUUCAGAUAUUGACGAGCAACCACAAGCUGGCGGCGAUAUAAACGUCGAGGAUGAACACCACGGAACGCCGAAUGCCACGGGUACGGAAAGUACCGGCCAAGGCGAGAGAAAACUUCACCACGUGUCUACCUACAACGUGCAACCCCCGAUGGUCUACUAUGACCCGUUCGACGAACCGGAGGACGACCACUUUUGGCCCUUUUCGCUAGGAACUAGUGUGUGGAAUUUCAUGGUUGGCAGUUCCCGCAGUUUGGCGCCUCAAAAUUCCGCGGUGAUGAACGUCGAAAGCCAUAUAUCGUCUUUCUAUUCGAAGGAAGGUGAGUUUUGUGUUGCGGCCCAUGUCACGUGUCUACAGAGCUUCGUGUGUUGA